UUACUUGUCAAAAUCGAAAUGAUUGAUGACGAUGACAAAAAUUUGGGGAAGCCAGAACACCCAGAAAAGGGUGCCAACUGGCUGUCGCGUAUCAUGUUCUGGUACACCAUUCCCAUAUUCCGCCAAGGAGCCAAACGGGAUUUUAAUGAGGGAGAUUUGACGACACCCCUAGACGCACACAAGUCGUCGUUUUUAGGUGACACGAUUGCGCACUUCUGGAAUCAGGAAGUGCUGAGGGCUAAAGACCACAACGAAUCGCCCCAACUGCUAACAGUCUUGACUAGAAUGUUCUUAAAGCCGACACUGCUUCAAGGGUUGACUUUGUUCCUGAUGGAGAUACCGGUGAGGUUGUGCCAGCCUUUGUUCCUAGGGAUGCUCCUCAGGUACUUCAGUCCAGAAAACCAAAACGACUUGGAACCAGUGACGGAACCCACGUAUUUGAUGCGCCUGUUACAAUUCUGGGAAAAGCAGAGUCCGAUUCAGUUCGAAGAAGCUCUAGUUUUUGCAUCGGGCGUGGUUUUUUGUAGUUUGGUGAACGUGCUGACGAUACAUCCGUGCAUGAUGAGUAUUAUGCACGUCGGAAUGAAGAUCAGAGUUGCUUGUUGCUCGCUUAUCUACAGGAAGACGCUUCGUUUGGACCUGGCGUCCUUAACAGGUCCUACGGUUGGUAAUGUGGUCAACUUGAUGUCGAACGAUGUUAAUCGGUUUGACCUGGCGGUGAUGUUCUUGCACUACAUUUGGUUAGCACCGCUCCAGAUGCUCCUGUGUUUGUUGCUCAUGUACCAACACGUCGGAGUGGCCGCCGUGGCUGGAAUUUCCACCAUAAUGGCCAUUAUUCCCCUCCAAGCGUGGUUCGGAAAUCGUACCUCUAGGUUCCGACUCAAAACCGCCUUCAGAACCGACGAGAGAGUCCGUCAGAUGAACGAAAUCAUCCAGGCCAUGCAAGUGAUUAAAAUGUACACCUGGGAGUCGGCUUUCGCUAAACAAAUCCACGAAUUGCGCAGACUAGAAAUACAAGUCUUAAAAGCCACUUCGUACAUCCGCGGCGCCAUAAUGUCCUUCAUCAUGUUCACCUCCCGGCUCGCCAUCUUCGCCACCGUGCUACUGGUAGUCCAGCUAGGUCGCUCCAUCACCGCCGAGAAAGUCUUCGUCGUCACCUCCUUCUACCAAAUCCUCCGCCAAACCAUGACCCUCUUCUUCCCCUACGCCAUCGCGCAGAUCGCCGAAACCAACGUCGCGAUAUCACGCAUCCGAAGCUUCCUCAUAAUGCCGGAAUCCAAAGUCGGCGACCGCCGGCCCAUGGAGCCCGUAGAAGAACCCCUACACAACGUCAGCACGCAAUCUCUGGGCGAAGCACCGCUUCAAAAAAGCGCGGCUGGACUCCAACACGAAAACACGAAGAUCCUCCUCAGCAACGUUUCGGCGAAGAUCGACGACGAAGUGUGCGUGCAGAACGUGUCGCUGGACCUGGAGAUGGGAGAAUUAGUGGCGGUGAUAGGCCAAGUGGGGUCCGGGAAGUCGUCGCUCCUGAACAUAAUCCUAGGGGAGUUGAAUCCGUGUCUGGGUACCGUCGAAGUAACCGGGGUCAUUUCCUACGCGUCGCAGGAACCUUGGUUGUUCGCUGGGUCCGUUCGCCAGAAUAUUCUUUUCGGGAGAGAGUACAACAAGCGCAGGUACUACUUCGUGGUGAUGGCGUGUGCGUUAGCCCGCGACUUUGCCUUGUUGCCGCACGGUGACCUGACCAUAGUUGGUGAAAAGGGUACUUCGCUGAGUGGCGGCCAAAGGGCGAGGAUCAACCUAGCACGGGCUGUGUACAAAGAAGCCGAUAUAUACCUCCUGGACGACCCUCUGUCUGCCGUGGACACCAACGUCGGGAAGCACCUGUUCGAUAGAUGCAUUACGCAGUUCCUCCAAGACAAAAUCGUCAUUUUGGUGACGCAUCAGUUGCAAUUUUUGAGCGAGGUCCACAAAGUGGUGCUGAUGCACGACGGGCAAGUGGAAGCCAUAGGGUCGUACCAGUUUUUACAGAGUACCGGGCUGGAUUUCGCCGAGUUUUUGCGCAACCAGUUGAGCGUGGAUGUUGACGACACUCCCGACGUUAGCAUGGUCGGUCCGGGCAACAAAGUCGACACGAUUAUGAAAGACCUGACCAUCCAGAGUAACCUGAGCUUGAACGUUAUCGACAAGGAGGGAAAAAGGUUCAAGCCGCAGCACGUCGCCGAAAUGCGAACUGAAGGCUCUGUGGAGUGCGGCGUGUUCAUGGAGUACUUUAGAGCUGGGGGGAACUGCUGCGUCAUUCUCUCCGUGAUGCUGUUGUUCGUGGGUGCGCAAGCUUUAGCCAGCGGCGGUGACUAUUUUCUAUCCAUAUGGAUCAACGUGGAGGAACACCGUGGGAACGACACCAUCAAUGACGGAAUCUUAAGUCAAAAUCUUUACAUCGACGUCUACUCCGCUCUGAUUUUUAUGACGAUGGUGGUCGCUUUAACCCGAUCCUUCGUCUUCUUCAACGUUUGCAUGCGAGCUUCUAUGAAUUUGCACGAUCGCAUGUUCGGAAGCAUCAUUACUGCGUCAAUGCAGUUCUUCAACACUAACACGUCUGGACGGAUUUUGAACAGGUUUUCUAAGGAUUUAGGGGCAGUGGAUGAACUUUUGCCCAACGCGAUGAUCGACUGUGCCCAGAUUUUGUUAAAUCUGGUAGGAGCUGCGGCUAUCGUUAUCACCGUUAAUUAUUUCUUAGCCAUACCGACGCUCAUCAUAUGUGUUAUAUUUUACUUGUUGAGGAAGUACUACAUCAAAACUAGCAGAACCUUGAAACGGCUCGAGGGAAUCAGCAGAAGCCCGAUUUUUGGCCACGUUAACGCCACCAUACAAGGUCUAAUCACAGUGCGUUCCAAUGGGGCAGAAAUGUUACUAGUUCAGGAGUUUGAUGAACUACAAGACGAUAAUUCCAGCGCUUGGUAUAUGUUUAUAGCAACAUCAAGGGCGUUCGGGUACUGGCUCGACGUACUAUGUUGCGUCUACAUCGCGAUUAUUGCAUACAGUUUUCUCGUGUUUUUCAACACGGGCAGCAGCGUCGGUUUAGCGAUAACCACGAGCAUUGGUUUAACCGGGUUGUUCCAAUGGGGGAUGAAGCAGUCCGCCGAACUAGAAAAUCAAAUGACAUCAGUUGAAAGAAUACUAGAAUUCUUGCGGGUCGAGCACGAGCCGGAUCUAGAAUCGAAACCUGACGAAAAACCGCCGCCGGAGUGGCCAGACAAGGGCGAAAUCCAGAUUCAGAACUUGGUUAUGAGAUACCGGCCCGACGAGCCGCCGGUACUCAAAUCAAUCAAUUUGGAGAUAGAGUCGAACGAAAAGAUAGGUAUUGUGGGGCGAACAGGGGCCGGGAAGUCUUCGCUCAUCUCCGCUUUGUUCCGACUGGCGUACUUCGAAGGCGCUGUUAUCAUCGACGGAAUCGACACCAGGUACAUCGGGUUGCACGACCUCAGGAGAAAAGUGUCUAUAAUCCCCCAGGAACCAAUCUUGUUUUCAGGGAGUUUGAGGUACAACAUGGACCCUUUUCACAACUAUGCGGACGAAGACAUCGUCGCGGCUUUGAAAGUUGUCGAAAGUAGAAUGGCAAUGAUGGAAGGGACUAAUUGUUUGAAGCACCACGUGUCGGAAGGUGGAGUUAACAUUAGUGUCGGCGAGCGCCAAAUGAUAUGUCUCGCGCGCGCGGUACUCCGUAACAACAAAGUCCUAGUACUGGAUGAGGCGACGGCCAACGUCGACCCGCAAACCGACAAAUUCAUCCAAACCACGAUACGCCAAAGAUUUGCGCAGUGCACGGUACUAACAAUCGCCCAUCGACUGCACACCAUCAUGGACUCGGAUAGGGUUUUAGUGAUGGACGGCGGAAGCGCGGUAGAGUUCGACCAUCCCCACAUCCUCUUACAAGACAAAUCCGGCCACUUCUCCAGCAUGGUCCAAAAAACCGGCAAAGCCAUGGCCAAAAACCUCAGAGAAGUGGCCAAAAUGAAUUACGAACGCAAACAAGGCGCCGUAUGAACUCGUACAAUAUUGUAAUUAAGUUUUUAAAAUAAAGUAGAGUUGAGUUACUUAA